UCCAGAAACGAAAACGCGCGUCGCUACUUUUUUUUUUUUUUUUUUGGUUCGUUUAAUUUGUGUCGCGCAUGCGUUGUUCCCCUUCGCGUUCCGCCUUCUCUACGCUUAAGUUUUGUAUUAUUGUUUUUCCCCGAACUGUGCAACAUUAAAUGUUUGUUAAACUACUGAAGAAAAAGAAAAAAAGUAAAACCUCGGCUCGGUACGUGCGUGUGAGUGAGUGUCUCACAUUGCAUGCAAAGCAGAGCAAAUUGUGAUAACAAAAAUGUACGAAUAACUUUUAAUAACCGAAAAAGCGAUAACGCGCGAUAACCGACAAUUACCAGACCGAUAAAACGAUAAAUCCAACGAAGCGGCAAAGUUGAAAGUUGAAUCAGUUUCUUUGAUGGUUGACGUUUUGCAAGGAUAAUAAGGAUAACCAAAUAUCCAUCAACAUGAUCAAACUGAAAUCCUUGUUCCGCAGAGGACAGGGCACCUCCAGCUCGAACUCCUCUAACUCGUCGCACAAGCAGCAGCAGCAGCAGGUGCAGCAACAGCAACAACAGCAGUUGCAGCAGCAACAACAGCAGCAGCAGCAGCACUCCUCCAACAACAACCGCCAGAAGUCGCAGUCUAGCACUUCCCUGAACACCGCCCACGAGCAGCCACAUCCCCCAGCCAGCUCCACCAAAUUCUACGCACACCAGGAGGCGGCUAGCUACGAACGGGGCGUGGAUGUGGGCGAUGAGGAGGCGCUGCUGCUGAGUAAUCAACAGCAGCAACAAAGACGCCAGCAGCAGCAGCAGUUGCAGCUUCAACAGCAGCAGCAACAGCAGAGCAACACUUUGCCCCAAAAAAAGUCCAAGCUCAAAGGACAAAAGCAGCCAAAGCAGUUGCCAGUGCAGCAGCAUAGCAAUGCCCAGGAUCACUUGCAAGAGCAGCAACAGCAGCAACAACCCCCUCUGAUGACUUCCCUGGCAGCCAGCAACGCCACAACCAGCAGCACCGCCACCAGCAAUAUCAACAACAACAACGCAUUGGCCGCUUUGCAAGAUGGUGGCGCCGCUGCCGCCGCUGCAGCAGAUUUUUACCAGCAACUAGCAGCAGCCGCUUCAGCAUCUGCAACCGGAAAUAGUAAUUCCAGUGCGGAUAGUCCGGCAAAGGCAUUUCCGGCAGCAGCAGCAGCUGUGGCUGUAGCCGCUGUGGCAGCCAGUAGCUACCAACAGCAACAGCAGCAGCAGCAGCAGCAACUCAUCAACAACGAACAGCAACAACAGCAACUCUUAGAGGCUAACAACAAAAUGCAGGAGCUGCACAAGCAGCUGGAAAGAUUGGGAAGCGAGCAACUGCAGUUGGAGACACGCAUCACGGAGCUGCUGCCAUAUCAAAGCGAGGUGGCCAAGCUGAAGGGCGAUCUAGUUAAGAUGCAGAGUCAACAGGAGAAGACCCAGAUGGAGAUCGGCAAUCUGAGGUACGAGAACGAAUCUCUGCGCAAUCGGCUGCGGGACGUUGUAAACUCGCCACUGUCGGAUGCCGAGAAGCACCAGAUAAUCCAAGAUUCGCAGCGUUUGCAUAGUUCGGCACCCGCCUCGAUUGCCCUGCCCAGUACAAACGAUGCGCAGGAUGGCACGCCCUGCCUUACGCCCGACUGGGACAAACAGUCAUCGUCCAGUGAGAUCUCUGUAGCUUGUCUCCAAGACAAGAUCAUACAGAUGGAGGAGACGCACUAUUCCACCAAUGAGGAGCUACAGGCCACCCUGCAGGAGUUGGCCGAUCUACAAACUCAGCUCACGGACACACAAACGGAGAACGAACGUCUGGCCGAGGAGAAGGAUGUGCUCUUCCAGUCGCUUUGCCGGCAAACCGAAAAGCUAAACGAAUCACGCACACAGAUCAGUACCCUUCAAGAGCUUCUGCUACGCGACACCAAGCAGGCGGCCUCGGAAGUGAGCGCCACGGAACGUGAACAAAAGCUGUUGGAUCUAAUUAAAACCUCGCAGGAGGAAAGGGAAGCUGUGUUGCUCAAACAAGAGGAAUUAAGCGCUGAACUGGCGGAGCUACGACAGGCGCGAGAGGCCGCCCAGCAGGAGCAACAGCGGCAGCGGGAUCGAAUAGCUUUGCUUGACUCGCAGUUGGAUGCGGCGAAUGCAGAGCGACGCCAGGGUGAGGCUCAAUUCUCGCAGGCCAAGGAGGAGAUCUCUCAGCGGGCCAUUGAGAUAAGUCGACUGAGCACACUGCUGGAGAAUGCCAGGUCCAAGAUUGAGGAGCUGGAUGCCGAUUUGGCCAGAGGCGACAAGACGGAUCUGAGUGAUGUGCUCGAUGCGGCCAGAAAGGAGAAGGAUGCCUUGGAGGAGCGCGUGGCCGAGCUGCAGGAUCAGUGCUCGCGCAGCCAAGCUGAGCUGAGACGUCUGCGCGAACAGCUCUCCGGUUUGACCGAGGAGUGUAAGGUGGCCAAAAAUAAUGCCAAAUGCGCCGUCUCCAAUCUCGAGUAUCGCCUGGAGCAGCUGCAACGGGACAAAGACAAGCUGGCCGGCGAGUGGCAGGUCCUGGAGGAGCGUGUAGCUGAGCUGCAAGUGCAGUGCAAGUGCCACCAGGAGGACAAGACCCAGUUGCAGUCGCUGCUUAGCGAGACUCAGCGUCAUCUGGGCGAUGUCCAGAUGCAGCUAAGCGAAUCGGAGCGACGGCUCGAGCAGGAGACACAGCUGCGCCGCAAGGAGGGCGAGGAGUGGCAGCAGUUCCAGGCCGAUCUUCUGAUGACAGUGCGUGUGGCCAAUGACUUCAAGACUGAGGCGCUCAGCGCCCGCGAGCAGCUGGUGCUCGACAACAAGACGCAAAAGGAGAAGAUUCGACUGCUUGAGCAGCAGCUCGAUAAGCUCACCAAGCAGCCAGAACUGCAGCAGUCGGAGACGCCGCAGUCGGUUUUGUCCACGGUGCAGCGUGAAAUGGAGUUGGCCACGCGGCGCAGCAAGCUUAGCUUCAGUCGACAGGACUCCAGGCUCUCCGUAAAGACGCUGAUUGAGAGCAUAGAGAAUAACAAGCCGCAGGGCAAGGCCGACGAGGCAGAGUCCCACUACAGCUCCACGUCCAGCCUAAAUAGCGGCACUCCAGAGCUGGGAAAUACGCCCAUUAUCCUGCCGCCAUCCAGUGAUUGGCAUGAAAGUCUUCGCCUGCCUGUACUGCAGAGCAGUAACCUGCAUGUGAACGUCGUGGGCAGCGGAGGAACGGGCGCAAAUAUUACAGGAGGAUCAGCUAGCACUACCAAAGCCACAUUGGCGCAACAACAGACGCCAACGCAGCAGCAGCAGCCGGCGCCGGCGACGACGAUAACAACGCCUCAAAGUCAGAGUCAAAAUCCGAACCCAAUGCAGAUCCAGAUCCCAAAUGUAUCACAGCCCUCAACGCCGGCCACGCCCAGCAGUGCGGGCAGCAACAGCAGCAGUGGCUUGAUGCCCUUUGGCAAUGUCUCAAAGUCUUUUAUAAGUGGUGAACGCAAGGAUCCUCUUAAUAUGCUCAUAACAAACGGAGGCUCCAAGCGCAAUGCCCUGCUAAAAUGGUGCCAGAACAAGACAGUUGGCUAUCGCAAUAUAGACAUCACGAACUUUAGCUCGUCGUGGAACGAUGGGCUGGCCUUUUGCGCGAUACUGCACUCAUAUCUACCCGAUCGGAUUCCCUACGAUCAACUAAGUCCGGCCAAUAAGCGACGCAACUUUUCGCUGGCCUUUGCAGCGGCAGAGUCUGUGGGAAUAGGCACCACGCUGAACAUCAACGACAUGUGCCAGAUCGAGCGACCCGACUGGAUGCAGGUCAUGUCCUAUGUGACGGCGAUCUACAAGUACUUUGAGACCUAGCGAAUGAAAAUAAAGUAAAAGUGAAAAGUGUGAAAAAAACUAAGAAUUAAAAGGAGAAAGAGAAAUAGAAAGAGGAGAAGGAUAAUGAGAAGGAGUAGGUGUAGUUGUUGUAAGUCCUCUUUUUCUUCUUUAUUUCUUUUUAUAUUUUUCCUUUAUUUUUCCUUUAUUUGUUCCCUUCCUCCUAUCCUAAACAUUUAUAUUUUAU